CUCAGUCAGUCACACACACACACACACACACACACUCAGUCAGUCACACACCGUCCCAGAGGAGCACCGGGACCAUGCCUCCGUUUGAUAAGACCCAGGUGCAGAGCAAGCCCUUCAAACAGAGGAAGAGUUUCGCUACGAGGAAGCAAGAGGUGGCGGGAAUCCGGUCCAAGUUCCCCAACAAGAUCCCGGUUAUAAUUGAACGCUACGCGAGGGAGAAGUAUCUUCCUCCGCUGGAUAAAACAAAGUUCCUGGUGCCCCAUGAACUCACCAUGACUCAGUUCGUCACCAUCAUCAGGAACAGGAUGUCCCUGCUGCCGUCCCAGGCCUUCUACCUGCUGAUUAAUGGGGGAGGCAUGGCCAGCAUGUCCCUGACCAUGGCCCAGGUCUACAGAGACCACCAGGACCAGGACGGCUUCCUCUACAUGACCUACGCCUCGCAGGAGAUGUUCGGAGGCUGACCACGCCAACGCCAUACCGUUGCUUCCUGCAGACUUUUAUUAGAGCGUGCCUCUCGCUGAAGGCUGCCCCCCCCAUUAAUGCUGUAAAUACCAAAUAUUUUAUAAUAUGAACUGUGAUGUUGAUCUGUGAGAGACGCAUGUUUGAUUCUGUGGAGCCAAUAAAUGUUAGAAGAAGAA